CGCCAAGUUUAGGCAAUUUUGUGUUUGGGAAACUGAGGAGUGACCGAAACUAGUACAAUGGCAGAUGAAGUAGGAUCAGAAAGUGAAAGAAGCAGUCAAAGAUCUUCACGGCCAGAUCCCAUCACUUCUAGUCCAGGAAGGGAAUUACCAGCCUUUGAAGAUGAAUCAGAAUUGGUUGGAGAAGUUGAUGAGGCCAAUGUGCAAGAGGAGGAGGAAGAUGGAGAAGAGCUGUUUGGUGACAACUUGGAAGACGAUUAUCGACCUAUACCUGCUCUGGAUACAUAUGAUCCUGGUAUGCUUGAUGAAUCAGAUUACAGUAUGAUGUCUGAAGGAGAUAGGCGUGCUGCGGAAGAAGAACUUCGAAGAAGGGACCGUGAAGAAGGAAGACUCACUGGGCGAAUGAGAAGAGGUCUUUUAUAUGAUGAGUCAGAUGAUGACGAUGAACGACCUGCUAGGAAAAGAAGAUUAGCUGAACGUGCAGCUGAAGGGGCUAUUCCUGAAGAGGAAGAAAUGGUAGAAAGUAUAGAAAACUUAGAGGAUAUGCGUGGGCAUUCUGUACGGGAAUGGGUAUCUUUACUAGGGCCAAGAACAGAAAUCUAUAACCGUUUCAAAAAUUUUCUGAGAACAUUUGUUGAUGCUAAAGGCCAUAACUUGUACCGUGAGAAAAUACGUCAAAUGUGUGAAGAUAACAAACAUAGCUUUGAGGUUGAUUACAACAUACUUGCUUCAGAAGAACAGGUUCUUGCCUACUUUCUUCCAGAAGCUCCAGCAGAAAUGUUAAAAGUGUUUGACCAGGCAGCAAAAGAUGUAGUUCUCAGUAUGUUUCCUCAGUAUGAAAGAAUUGCAAAAGAGAUUUAUGUUCGCAUCACAGAUUUACCCUUGGUAGAAGAACUCCGCAGUUUGAGGCAACUCCAUUUGAAUCAACUGGUUCGAACUAGUGGUGUGGUGACCAGUACCACUGGGAUUUUACCUCAACUUUCUCUAAUUAAGUACAACUGUAAUAAAUGCAACUACAUCUUAGGACCUUUUGUUCAAAGCCAAAGCCAAGAAAUCAAACCAGGCUCAUGUCCUGAGUGUCAGAGCACAGGUCCAUUCACAAUCAAUAUGGAAGAGACUGUUUACCAGAACUAUCAGCGUAUCAUGCUUCAAGAAAGCCCUGGAAAGAUAGCUGCUGGCAGGUUGCCAAGGUCUAAAGAUGCAGUUUUACUAGGAGAUUUAUGUGAUAUGUGUAAGCCAGGAGAUGAAAUAGAACUGACUGGUGUUUACACCAAUAGUUAUGAUGGAUCUUUAAACAUCAGUAAUGGGUUUCCAGUUUUUGCUACUGUCAUUAUGGCCAACCACAUUGUUAAGAAAGAUGACAAAGUAGCUACCAGGAAUCUAACUGAUGAGGACAUUAAAGCCAUUGUUACUUUGUCAAAAGAUGAAAGAAUUGCUGAAAGGAUCGUACAUAGUAUAGCACCUUCUAUCUUUGGCCAUGAAGAUAUCAAACGAGGACUUGCUUUGGCAUUGUUUGGUGGUGAAGCCAAAAAUCCGG